UAUGGCUUGUAAUCUUUUCUUGAUCUAAAUAACUUGCAGUUGCCUGAGACAGAAAACGAAACUAGUUCUUAAUUCAAGUAAUAGGCUGGGCUGGUAAAUGGCUGGGGAAGAAAGUACUUAAUCUUCCUGAAGUAGAAAACCGCAACAGCAUUUCUUUGCUUCGGUUUUAAAAUCCUUUACAAACGCCGGUGAAUUUUUACGUAAUGUGAGGACGUUUCCUAAGUACCUAGCUUUUCAAACAAGUUCAUUGAACUUACCCAACUUUUUUUCCCAUUCAACUACUUUCGAAUAACUUCUCGCUUAUUUCCUAAUUUAUUCAAUGGCAAUCCGCGCCCGCCCCCCGCCCCGUCUUUUUUUUUUUUUUUUAAGGUUAAGACCGCAUAAUUUUUAUUAAGGUGAAUGUUUUGUAAAAUACUGGAAGCCUAAAGUACCAGUUGCCAAGCAAAGAUUAUAAAUUUAUAUUUAAGGAUUUUAAAACUUAUGUAGAUCAGGCAUGCAAAGCUGCUGAGGAAUUUGUCAAUAUUUACUAUGAGACAAUGGACAAAAGAAGACGGGUACUAACCAGGCUGUAUCUGGACAAGGCCACUUUAAUAUGGAAUGGAAAUGUUGUAACAGGGCUGGAAGCCCUAGCUAAUUUUUUUGACACGUUGCCUUCUAGUGAGUUUCAGGUCAACAUGCUAGAUUGCCAGCCAGUUCAUGAGCAAGCUACUCAGGCCCAGACUACAGUUCUCGUGGUGACCAGUGGAACUGUGAAGUUUGAUGGAAACAGACAACGCUACUUCAACCAGAGCUUCCUGCUGACCGCUCAGUCUACUCCUAACAAUACCGUGUGGAAGAUUGCAAGCGACUGCUUCCGUUUUCAAGAUUGGGCUAGUAGUUAAAGGGGGCAAAAGUCCAUUCUCUUCUGGUCCAUUAGUUCCAGCAGUAGAAACUUAUAAGAAAUAGUUCAUUGCAUUGUAGAAGCACUAAAAACUAGUAUGUGCUGAAACUAAAUUUCUUUAAUAUUUUUUAUUCCUAGCAGCACCUUUUCUAGCAGCUGCCAGUUUAGAUCAUUGCCCUUAAGAGCUUUAAUGUUAGUUUUCUACAUGCCUUAUAUACGUUUCACUAAUGACAUUCUUACAGUAACAUUAAACCCAUGGUCUCUGUACUAAUAUACUCACUGUGAGCCCAGUGUAUUGCAAAAAUAAACUCCUUUUAUAGUACUGUCUAUGGGAUAUCCGUACAAUGUAACUCUCUGGGAGGAAGUGGAGUGUUUUUUUUUGUUAUUAGGUUAAUUUUGUAGUACAGCAUGUACCUAUUUUUGGUAAACACUGGUAAUGCAGUUUAAAUAUGAGGCUUUUUCAAAUCAGUUCAGUGAACACAUUACUAAUUUAGGUUUACAUAACUACUCUGACAUACUAGAAUGGCAUGUAGAGAUGUUCAGUAGUCUUUUUAUGUUAAGUAAUGUAGGUGUUUUUUUUUUUUAUGUUGCCAUGUUUUCUUAAGUGAAUUAAUCUACUAGAGAGGCGUAAAAUGUUCUCGAUUGAUACCUGAGUGUUAGAUAACACUCAGUGGCUUAAAAGUAAAACUUCUUAAGAAAGCUUUUUCUUGGCAGCUCCAGGUCUGUAACUUUAGAUAGUGAAUCGUAGUAGUACUAAGAGCUUUAAUGGGAGAAUGAGUAGUGAGAAGUGUAGAGAUCCGAGGUUGGCCAAAAGCAAGGUGGGGUGGCCAAAUGGUACACUUUUGGUACUUGUUUUCUACCUCCUAAAAAUGUAGCCUAAUUUUAGGAUUUGAGUCAUUAAAGUAAUAAGUAUCCUAACCAAAUGGUCAUGAAGGCCACUUUUGUUCUAAGAAUUAUUUUUAAAGGUUUUUCCAGUUCACCUCAUACUCAUCACUAGUAUAUGUCUCAGUUUAUUCAAGAACUUAUGGGGGUAAAAUGUCAGCAAUAAGCCUGACCCUGCAACAGGGUCUGACAGGAAAGUUGGAAACAAAGCCAUCACUCCCUCUUUGGGACCCUUAACUUCUAAGUCUUCCAUGUGAACUUCAGGCCAAAAGUCUCCUAUGUACUACCCACCCCCAAAGUGAGUGAUUUGUUCUCUAUGUUUACACUGUCAACUGCAUGGUCUUUUUACUACUUAAAGUUAAAAUUAUUUAAUCUCAUGAUUUGUUCUUUCAUAUGGCAUUGAGCAGAUAGAUCUAUUAUAAAACAUGUUCCUGUUAUGUGUCUAACACUUUGUCUUUUUAGAGAAAACAGAGAACAGCAGAUCUUCAUAAGCCCAUAAACUUCAAAAGAACCAAUUGAUUUAUUUUAUGUCUCAACAUCUAAAGAGAAAGAAAUCUAGCUUUGGUUUUUGGUUAAGCUUUAAAUGUUUCUCCCUUCUUGAAUUUAUUGUUUUCAUGUUUUUACACUAGGUAUGCCAGCUUUGUUGCUACAUUGCAACUCAAAGUUAAUGUUCCUUGUCAUUUAAUUUGAAAAUUGGUGAUUCAUUUACUCUUGUCUCAAACUACACAUUACAUUUCUGAUAUAUUAGCAAAAUAGAAUUAAGUAGGAGAAGGGGAUGAAACUAAAAUUUAGACCACACCUUCCUACCCUCUUUUAGUAUUGACUAAAACUUACACAUUAUAUUCUACUCAGAGUAAGUUUAUUCUAAUUUUGUAUUGGCUUUUUAAAAGCACAGCUUUAGCAGCAACAGUCAAAUUGCCCAAAUGUUGUCCUUUCCCUUAAGAGGAACAGUUUCAAGUAAAAGCUGCGUAUAACAAGCAAUAACUGAAUUGAGUGGUUGUAUACUGUUAAUGAAUUCACUGUUUUAAGACUUCUAAAUUAAUUGCUUUUUCCAAACUCUAUAUAACUUUUAAAUGGCUGGAACUACUGUUAUAUGGACUAGACUGUAUUUUUGACAUGGACAUAUUUUUGUAACUUGAAAAAAUUAAAAUAAAAUUUGCCCUGUAAGAGUUUUCUCAA